AACAAUUUUUGUUGAGUUAGUUGUUUUUGUAUCCUUAAUUAACUUCAAUAUAAACAUCGUAAUACUUAUUUUAACACAUUUUUCGUAAGUUUUCUAAAUUUAAGAUGUACGCAGCAUCCCCGACGCCUUCUGAUUUACAUUAUGAUAAUUCCCCCGAAAAUGGCUACUUACGGCGAAGGAGAGCUCUUCGCAGGUUCAGAGCCUUAGUCCGCCUCGUAAUGGCCAAUCUCUACUGGAUAGGAGAUCCUGAAGACCUGAAUAUUGGAGAUAACGUCAAAAGAAACAUCCGAUUGCUCAUGAGAAGGAAAAGAAUACAGAGUGUGUUGACUAUCAAGGAGAAGUCGAUUUUAAAUAAACCUAAAGAGAUGCGCACGGAAGAGGAGAAGAAGAUAUUGGUUAAGUGUAUCAGUGGUCUGAGGUGUUUCAGGAAGUAUCCUCCAGAGGUGAAGGAAAAACUGGCUGCUGUUACUUAUUUCCAGUAUUUCGGACCUGGGAGAAUAAUUAUAAAACAAGAUCAUUUACCAGAAGCAAUGUACUUCGUACUGAUUGGCGAAUGCACCGUUUUGAAAACCCGAUACGACCAAAUACUCAAAGAACACGUAACCGAAGACAUAGGUACUAUAGGUCCAGGAGGGAUGUUCGGUGAAGUAGCUCUACUGCACGGAACUGGAAGGUUAACCACCAUCGAAACCCACACCGAUUGCGAGUUCCUGAAGGUUAAAAAGGCGGACUUCGAGUAUGUGCUGAAGGAAACUGUCACAGCCCUGUGGGAUAGGUUAACGAACGUGUUGGAUCGGCUUACGUAUUUUAAGAAUUGGGACCAAAUUACCAAAAGGGAGUGUUGCAUAAUAUGUAAAACUAGAAAUUUCGAGGCUAAUGAGACUAUUUUAGGAGACGGCAUAGGAUUUCAGCAACAUGUAUAUUUUGUGAUAGAAGGAGCCUGUAUGUUGGUGGAAAAUAUGAAGAUCCGAGUAUACGAAAGAGGGGGAGUAAAGUCAUAUCGUAUGGACACUGUUUCACAAGACUCCACUAAUGUUACCGAGGAAAAUAUAUCACGAAUUAUAGGCAAAUAUUAUAGAGAAGAUGAUAUAACUCCUACAAUAACUCCCAAAAUGUCAGCUGUCACUUGGAAGCUUUCCUCUGCAUCUACUAAUGUCCUUCGAAAAAGUUUACCCGGAUUAAAUGUUCAUAAGUCUUCGCUUAAGAGUAGAGAUAUUUCCAAUCGACCUAGUGGUUCUAGUAUAAAUCGUCAACUCAUUUCUAAGGAUAGUAUUAGAACAUUUGACGAAAUACUAGAGUCAGAAGAGGAGCUAAGUAUAUUUUCGACAUCUGCAAAAGAUAUUGUGGUUCAUCCAUCUUACAAUUUGAAGACGCACUUUAUCAAGUUGUGUGAGAUGUUACCUGGUUCGUGCUUUAACGUCGGGGAGACAUUUGAGAGAAGACGAGUUAUAAGUUUAACUCACGUUAAUUGCUUGUUAAUACCGCGGUACUGGCUUUUUAAGAACAACGCCGACAAUACCUGGAACAUGGUGCUAGGUUUUCUAAACAGACAUAUUCCAAAUACAAAAAAAGCUUUUAAAUGGUUUGUCCGCGAACAAAAGUUCAAGAAAUACAAAAAGAAAUUGGUGGAGCAGCUUCUACAGCAAAAACGAGUGUGCAAUGAUAAUUCCAUACACAAUGUACCCUAUAGCAUCCGUUUAAAAGAAGGUUUUGAUAUCUAAAAUUAUAAGUGUAGAAAAAUA